AUGACUGAAGAGCAACAGACAACUCUUCGCCAAAAGAGUAACAAGAUAGACCGUUUAACGACAGGCAAGUCUAACAAUGAAGUGAAGAGAGGGAUAAUGUAUUUAAGAGAUAAAAAUGAGAGUACAUACUAUACCCUGGAGUGCAUUGCUGCAUUGUCCAAACCUGUCUUGCAAGCGGAGGGUGCCUUGGACUGGUCCAAGCACGUCACACCCACUAUCCUGACCGUAUUUCAGGAACAAGAUGACUGGACUCAAGUACAAUCAUUGAAACGGUCAGCAGGGGAUGAAGCUGAAGGAGUUUUGUCCCCAGGUAAAGAAGGCGGCUGGAAGAAGAUCAAGGGAUCAUUGGAAAGUCGGACUACAGAUCCAUCGGUAUCAAGUACUCUCGCAUUUGAUACCGAAGAUCAAAGGGCAUUUGGGGCCUUACCAAUGGAAGAAGACAAGGUGAUAGUUCAAUGCAAAGAAUGCGAGCGGCCAAUGCUGGCAAGUAGCUUUAGUGAACAUCUGCAGGUGUGUGAAAAGCAACCACAAGGCAAAACAAUCAAGGCUGGAAAGACCGGAGAUAAAAAGGCGCAAAAGAAGGGUAUAAAGGGCGUCCAAGCUCCUCUGGAUCUUGACAAGCAGUGUGGUGUAAUUCAGGGACAGAACAAUACACCUUGUACUCGAUCGUUGACAUGCAAAAGUCAUUCUAUGGGAGCCAAACGAGCAGUGGCCAACCGAUCGCAACCUUACGACGUACUUCUUGCUGCCUAUCAGAAGAAAUCCAUUGGUCGGCCUCAAACUGGACCUGCCUCGACCGGGUCUAAUCCUACGGCAGUGACACCAAUAAAACCUCCACCAACCAGACCUUUACCAACAGCAACUAUAUCCACGACCACAACGCCCUCUGCUGUUGAGCCUGUAGUAUCUGACGAGCACUAUGUAGAUUCUGACGAGGAAGUCGAGACUGUUAUGGAUAGCAUUCGCCAGAGUUAUCCGACACCGAUGGCAUCCAAACCUUUUUAUUUUGUUAAGCGACGACGUCAAUGUUUUCGGCUCCGCGACAUAUUGCUGGAUGCUAUUACACCAAAGACUACUACGAGCAAUAAUUCAUUGGCCAGCAGUGUAGUAGCGCCGCCAGCCAGACCACCUCAUCAUAUGAACUCUUCCCUUGCUUCGUCAUCGAAUACCUCCUUUCCUUUUAUUCCAGGUCCAUCUGGAAUGAGUCACUCGCCGUCACCCAAUAAUUAUUCAAUCGAUACCUGGAACACUGGGACAUCAUAUCUAUAAUUUUUUUUAUAAAAAAAAAAGAACAAAUUUAUGACCACCAUG